AUCUUUUAUCUUCAAAACAUACUCUCCCAAUUAUUUUUUAUUUUCUACAAUAUCAACUUAAAGGGGUGCUCAUAAUAUUUUCAACAUUCAUAAGUAAAUGAGAUGAUACCUUGUGAAUAAGAAAGGGAUAAAAUGCAUAAGAAGCAAUCCCACUUCUAAUGUUGAAUUCAUUCUCUCCUCUCCUUUUUCAAAAACCCAAACCCAAUUCCCCCUACAAACUUAUACCAAUAAAACAAGCUAUCUUUCAUCCAUAUAGAUUAUAAAAAUUUAAUUUUUAAACUCAAUCCCACCACUUUUCAAUGUCUUUCAUCCAUAUAGAUUAUAAAAAAUAAAAUAGUUUUUUUCAUUACUGAGAGAGAAGAAAAAAGAAGAAGAUGAAGAUAGGUAAAGUGAGAUGGGGGGUGAUGGUGGUUGUUACAUUGAUGAUGUUGUUGAAUUUGUCUUGUAAUUGUUCAGCUUGGUUUGGUAAUAAACGUAAAAGUGGAAGGAAAUCUAUUCUACCAAGUGAAGCCAUGUCUUCUUCAAGGCCAAGUCUCAUGAAUAUUGCUGGUUCCUCAAUUGUUUUCCCUGUCUUUGGUAACGUUUAUCCUGUUGGGUUCUAUAAUGUUACUCUUAACAUAGGCCAACCACCAAGGCCCUAUUUUUUUGAUGUUGACACUGGUAGUGACCUCACAUGGCUCCAAUGUGAUGCCCCUUGUUCCCAAUGUUCUGAGACACCUCAUCCGCUGUAUCGGCCUAGCAAUGACUUUGUGCCCUGCAAGGAUCCACUAUGUGCUUCGUUGCAGCCUAAUAAUGACUACACAUGUGAAGACCCUAAUCAAUGUGACUAUGAAAUUGAGUAUGCUGAUCACUACUCAACCCUAGGUGUACUUCUCAAUGAUGUCUACCUUCUCAACUUCACCAAUGGAGUCCAACUUAAAGUUAGAAUGGCACUUGGAUGUGGAUAUGAUCAGUUUUUUUCACCUUCUUCUUACCACCCUUUAGAUGGAAUACUUGGGCUUGGAAGAGGAAAGGCCAGCUUGAUAUCACAGCUGAAUAGUCAGGGCUUGGUGCGAAAUGUGAUCGGACAUUGUUUAAGCUUGCGAGGAGGAGGAUAUAUCUUCUUUGGAAAUGUUUAUGAUUCUUCUCGUAUGAGUUGGACUUCAUUUUCAUCUAUUGAAUCGGGAAAACAUUACUCUGCAGGGCCAGCUGAACUUGUUUUUGGAGGAAGGAAGAGUGGUGCAGGAAAUCUGAAUAUUAUUUUUGACACAGGAAGUUCCUACACUUACUUCAACUCUCAGGCUUACCAAGUAUUGAUUUCUUUGCUGAGUAAGGAGUUAAAUAGAAAGCCUAUAAAAGCAGCACCUGAUGACCAGACUUUACCUAUAUGCUGGCACGGUAAAAAACCUUUCAAAAACAUAAACGAAGUGAAGAAAUACUUCAAGCCACUAGCACUUAGUUUCACCAAGGGUGGAAGAGUUAAACCUCAAUUUGAGAUCCCUCCUGAAGCUUAUUUGAUAAUAUCAAACAUGGGAAAUGUUUGUCUAGGCAUUCUAAAUGGCUUUGAAGUAGGGUUGGGUGAACUUAACGUAAUUGGAGACAUAUCAAUGCUAGAGAAAGUGAUGGUAUUCGACAACGAGAAGCAGUUGAUUGGAUGGGGAGCUGCAGAUUGCAACCGUGACCCAAGAUUCAUAGAUGUUAGCUUAUGAUCAUAAAAAAGUACAUAAUCAACACAUGCAUGUGACUAAUUUCAUGGAGAGAUUAGACAAUAUUUUAAUGCAGAUUAUAGAGCAGGAUAAUGAUAAACCACUAAUGUAUUGUCUUCAUGGUGAUUCAUUUGUGAAUGCAGCAUUGUGUAUAGCAUUAGAAUCUGAAUAUAACAGAAAUUAUUAUAUUUAUUCAUUAGGCAUUAUGUAAUUAUUACUAAGUAACAAAUAGAUUCACAUAGA